GGCUUUCAGAGACUUAUGAGUCAUUGUAAAAUAAUUGAUAUUUUCCUAAAUUGACACAAUGGUCUGCGAGUCAAAGUGAGAAAACACUAACGGCAGUUACAGACAACACCCAAGCUUCCUGCUGAAUAAAGAAGGGAAGGAAAACAGGAACAACAGCAAAGACAAACACCUCAAGAGGAAACAAAAAGAAAGCAGUCAUGUUCAGAACGAUCACUCGUCUGCUUUUUGGGGGAGAGGUAGAGACCCCUGAAGAUGUGAAGUCUGGAGAAGUGGUGGAAGAAGGGUGGCUUGUUGUCAAUCAUCAAGCAGACAACCAGGAUGCAGAGGUUCCAAAUAUCCAACCAUCAAACUCUGCUCUUUAUGUAGACACUGAUACAAAACUGGAAACUGAUACCAGUGCGACAGAUCCAGAGCCCACAAUUCAAACCAACAGUGCCACCAGUAACAGUCCAGCCAUUGCUAGCCUUGUUUCUCAGCCUAAAACUCUGUCAGAAGUGACACAGUUAACAUCUGCCCAGAAGGCUAAAUCAUGUACAGGCCGGCACCACAUGUCCCGUAAUGCCAUUCAGCGCCAGAACCGCGUUCGUCAAGGUGUCCAACAUCCGUCCUUCCACCUCCAGCAGCCAGGGCAUCGCAACCUCAGCCACUGAAGCUCUGGCUUGCACAACCACCACAAGAA